UUCGCCAAGUGUUACGAGAUGACGGAUUUGACAACAAAUAAAGUUUAUGCUGCAAAAAUCAUUCCUCACAGCAGAGUAUCAAAACCUCAUCAAAGGGAAAAGAUUGAUAAAGAGAUUGAGCUGCACAGAAUGCUUAAUCAUAGACAUGUAGUGCAGUUUUACCACUACUUUGAAGACAGAGAGAAUAUUUACAUUCUACUGGAGUACUGCAGUAGAAGGUCAAUGGCUCACAUCUUAAAAGCGAGGAAGGUAUUGACAGAACCAGAAGUACGAUACUACCUCAGGCAAAUUGUGUCAGGGCUGAAGUAUCUUCAUGAACAGGAAAUCUUGCACAGGGAUCUUAAACUAGGUAACUUCUUCAUUAAUGAGAACAUGGAACUGAAACUGGGUGACUUUGGCUUGGCAGCGAGGCUAGAACCACUGGAGCACAGGAGGAGAACAAUAUGCGGCACACCAAAUUACCUCUCUCCAGAAGUCCUCAACAAACAAGGGCAUGGCUGUGAAUCUGACAUCUGGGCCUUAGGCUGUGUAAUGUAUACAAUGCUAUUGGGAAGACCCCCUUUUGAGACCACAAAUCUUAAAGAAACAUACAGAUGUAUAAGGGAAGCAAGAUACAGCAUGCCUUCAUCUCUCUUGGCACCUGCAAAACACUUAAUAGCUAGCAUGUUGUCAAAAAAUCCUGAAGAUCGACCCAGUUUAGAUGAAAUAAUUCGUCAUGAAUUUUUCUUACAGGGCUUUACACCUGAUAGACUUUCUGCUAGCUGUUGUCACACAGUUCCUGAUUUCCAUUUGUCAAGUCCUGCUAAAAAUUUCUUCAAAAAAGCAGCUGCUGCUCUCUUUGGUGGUAAAAAGGAUAAAGCCAGAUACUUUGACACACAUAACAGACUAGCUAAAGAAGAUGAAGAAAUCUACAAGCUCAGGCAUGAUUUGAAGAAGACAUCGAUAACCCAGCAGCCCCACAAACACAGAACAGAUGAGGAGAUCCAGCCUCUUAUCACAACAGUAGCAAAGCCGGGAGCGUUACCAGAAACUAAGCAGAUUGGAGACUCUAUUCGGAUGAUAGUCAGAGGAACUUUGGGAAGCUGCAGCAGUAGCAGUGAAUGCCUGGAAGACAGUACCAUGGGAAGUGUUGCUGAUACAGUUGCAAGGGUAUUGCGAGGAUGUCUGGAGAACAUGCCAGAAGCAGACAGCAUUCCCAAAGAACAGCUGACAGCUUCCUUCCAGUGGGUUACCAAAUGGGUGGACUAUUCUAACAAGUAUGGCUUUGGGUACCAGCUGUCAGAUCACACUGUUGGUGUCCUUUUCAACAAUGGGGCACAUAUGAGCCUUCUGCCAGACAAAAAGACAGUGCACUACUACGCUGAGCUAGGCCAGUGCUCUGUCUUCUCAGCCACAGAGGCUCCUGAACAGUUCAUUAGCCAAGUAACUGUACUGAAGUAUUUCUCCCACUACAUGGAAGAGAACCUCAUGGAUGGAGGAGAUUUGCCCAGCCUAACAGAUGUACGCAGGCCCCGGCUUUACCUUUUACAGUGGCUUAAAUCUGAUAAAGCAUUAAUGAUGCUCUUCAAUGAUGGCACAUUUCAAGUGAACUUCUAUCAUGAUCACACAAAAAUCAUCAUUUGCAAUCAGAGUGAGGAGUAUCUCCUUACCUACAUCAAUGAAGACCGGAUAUCCACAACGUUUCGUCUGACAACUCUUCUGGUUUCUGGAUGCUCAUUGGAACUGAAACACAGAAUGGAAUAUGCUCUGAACAUGCUGCUGCAGCGAUGUAAUUGA